UCCAACAACUCCUGCCACUCCAGUCCGACACGAGCAGCCGACUCAGACCGCAAAGAGACCAAAGAGAGCACAGACCGAAAGACAGCAUGGCUGGCAAUGAUGAUACGUUCCCUGCGUGGUUCGAGACACUGAUUCGUUCCAUUGAAGAUGGCUCGUGUGGCGGUCGAGUCAGCUUUGGCGAACGUGACCCGCGUUGGUCAACAAAACUAACCACGAACAUGACCGAAAAGUUGGCUGAAGUUCUGAGAACCCAUCACGAAAUCGUGACUGAUUUAACGCUGACCUUCAUUGACUUUGGCGCUGCCGGAGGAGCUGCAUUGGCAGAGUCGCUUGGGAGCUUGAACAGCCUGCAAUCCCUUCAGCUGUCGAACCUUGAUUUCGGAAGCAACGGAGGAGCUGCGUUGGCAGAGUCGCUUGGGAAGCCUGCAAUCCCUUCAGCUGUUUCGACUUAG